AUGGCACCAAACAGUACGCUCUGGGUGCUGACGCUGUGGGGUGUUAGUGUGCUGAUCCUGCUGCUUGGCCGGUGCGACAGGACCGAUGCCAACUUCAUCACCUACGUCGAUGACUCCGGCGAGAGUGUGCCGGAAGAUUACAUCCUGGACACCCGGCACCGGCGCAAGAAGGUUCGACCGCAGGACUACAACGAUGCGCUCGACCGUCUGAUAUCGGAUGCGCUGAAUCAAACGACACCCCGCGCGGGUACCAACGAAACAAGCUCGGAGGAGCUGUCCUCCAGCUCGGCAGAGCAGAGCGUCGCUUGCAUAGGCGAACGGCAGCCAAUGCACAUCAACUCGCUGGACAGGCUGACUGUGCGAAAGUGUUGCCCGAAGGGCCAGUCGUUCCACCGUCUAAGCAUAAGCACCUGCCACCCGAUGGAUGUGCACGAUCACAUAAGCCGCUUUACGUUGCUGGCCCGCCAGCUAGACUACUACGGUCCCGGGUGCCACGAGUACGGCAAAUAUCUGCGCUACAAUACGACGAUCGACAAGACGUGUGUGGGACAGAGGUUGAUAUUUAAUGAUCGCGGCACGCAGAUGCUAUUGAUCCAGAACGGUUCGCUGCUGGUGACGCGCGGCGACCGGAUCGAGUUCUACGACGAUUUCUGCGUGGAGGAAACGGGCAACAUGGUGCUGGCGGCGCACAUCUGCGAUGUGGAGGGCGACGGCCAUACGAAUGAUUUAUUCUCCGGGUGGUUGGGCACGGUGAUGCUUGUGCUGGCGCUGGUCGUCUCGGCCGUUACCGUGCUGGCGUACGCGUUCGACCGGACAUUACCGCACCGGUACGGGCCACUGAUUGCGUGCCAUGUCGGGUUGUUGGCUGGAGCAAUUCUGCUGGAGCUGCUGCUGGCAGCACUGCACCAAGAGCACUACCGUCCUGUGGUCGACGUACUGGUCGAGUUUUCGUACGCCAUAUUUGUGAUCUUCAGUGCGAUGUUGUUCUACUCCUCGGCUACCGGUACGACCAACAUCAACUACCGGCUGCUAUUAGCAACCGUGUUCUUCGUUUCCUCCUGCUCGCUCAUCGCCAUGGCCCUGACGUUCUACUCCGAGCGUGUCCUGCUGAUGGCGGUCCUGGUGAGCUUGCUGGUAGCGCUGAUCAUCAGUGCGGCUAACGUCUACACCUCCUUUGGGCGCAACCAUCUCGGGUUUAACAGUAGCGAUAAUCCGUUCGAGAUGAUCAACGAGGGUAGCACUGCGAAGCGCAUGGAUCAGCGGAAGGAGCUCACUAUCGUUUCCACAUUCGCCUGUGCCACACAGAUUAUCGUGUGGAUACCGUACUCGAUGGGCAAAUACUCGCUGCUGUCCGUGCUGGCCUGGAACACGAUCAUCCUCUUCGUCGUCUUUGUCGGCCUGCGGCGUCGUUCGAUCGGGCUGUGCAAUGUUGGCCAGCGGGUGAAGCUACAGGUGCCCAUUAGCACACCGUACGCCGAUCACCAGAUGCCUCGCGACACACAGACCGUUCUGCCACCGGACGACGACAUAGAGGCGGAGAACGAGCUGCGCGUGGUGUAG